AUGCUUGGUAACAGGAACAUAGCUCAAAUGAAAGGUCGUUAUAAACAACUUAAUGAAAGUGCCGGAAAAUGGAUUGGUAUUUAUCGAGAAGCAUAUAGAAAAAGAAGAAGUGGAUUGAGUAUGAAAGAUGUUGAGAAUAAAGCUCAUAAAUUGUAUGAGACAAGUGGAAGCAAGUUCAAUGACGCAAUUGUUUUUAAUGAGGUUAUGUUUAAACAUCAAAAAUGGGAUAUACAGCUAGACCAAGAUGCAACACGAUCACGUCUUGAAUAUGAAGUAGGUGAUGAAGAAAGUGGUGUAGCACAUAAAGAUCAAGGUAGAGAUGCGGCUAAAAGAAAAGAAAAAGGUAAGUUUUCUAAUGAAGUUGUUGCAGAACUUCGUGCAUUGAGGCUUAGUAGAGAUAGUGAAGUAGAAGUCAUGAAAAAAAGACUCGACUUGGAUCAACAAAGGGAUCAAAAAACAGAUGAAAGGGAGCUAGUGAAGAUGCAAAGUUUGCAUAUGAACACACUCCUACAAAAUGAGCACUUGUCAUCUGAAGAAGAAAACAAGAAACGUUUUCUAAUCUCUAUGUUUUAUGGAAACUAA